AAGGGGAUAUAUUUGGCAACAUGGCGACUCCCAUGCACAGAAUAAUUGCGAGGAGACAAGCAGAAGCAAACAAACAACAUGUCCGCUGCCAGAAGUGCUUGGAGAUGGGACACUGGACGUAUGAAUGCACCGGGAAACGAAAAUAUUUGCACAGACCAUCAAGAACAGUUGAGCUAAAGAAAAAGCUGAAGGAAAAUGAAAACAAACCUCUCAGCAUCACAGGACCAGGAGGAGAGGGAUCCAGUGAGAGAAAAAGUAAAAAGAAGGCAAAAGACUCGAGCGACAACAGCAGCGACGACUCGUCUAGCGACUCGUCAGACAGCAGCGACUCCUCCAGCUCCUCCUCUGAGGACAGCGACAGCUCUUCCUCAUCCUCUUCUUCCUCUUCCAGCUCCUCCUCUUCCUCAUCGUCCUCGGACAGCUCUGGCUCGGAAAGCAGCAGCGAUUCAGACGGACCACCAAAGAAGAAGAAAAAGAAGAAAUAAGCAUGUGGGGAAUUAAGGAGGGGGUUUUCUAGCCUUACUUAGUGUCAAACUAAUGCUUGUUUUCUAAAGUCCGAUCAUAAAUACUGGGCCUAAAGCAGCUGGACAGAUGUGUUGCUGAGGAGGGCAGGAUAGCUUUAAGUUGGUUUCCUCUGUUUUUCUUUUUUUCCCCCACACUCUUUUUCGUUGUAUUUACUGAUACUGUGAUAUUUUUUUAAUGUUUGCAUUUCUAGGAAGAACGUAAAAACGUAUAAACCUAUCAGGAGAAAUACAAACCCGAGUCAAGUCUUUGGAUUAAUGGACUUAACUUUGGUUUUAGUCAGCCAGGAUCUCUAAACGAUAAACAAGACGGAAACCGUUUGAACACAUUUUAAAAUUUGCAAAAUCUAAGUGGUAUUCUUAUUAAAUUGUUUCUUUCUAAUAAAUCCGUUUGGUUAUUGUUGUGUAA